AUGGCGUCGACGUUGGCCACGGCCCGUCCGUCCUCGAUCAUGACCAGCACCGUCGACCCCGACGCGUUGCCCUCGGCGAUGACGGUCGCCUGCGGCACCGCCUCGAGGUUGAAGAUGGGCAGCUGGCCCGUCAUGGACCGCACGCCCUGCGGGGGAGACAUGGGGAAAGAUGACGCCCAUGGCGCCGCCGUCCAGCACCCUCUGCACGAAGCCGUUGCCGCACUGGUGCGGGACGCGGACGAAUGGGGUCAGGCCGGCGUUGAGGCUGGCGUGACUGAGGAUGCUGGCGUCGGAGAUGCUGAGGUUGGAGUGCUCAAGGUCGAUGAAGAGGCUGUCGUAGCCGGCGUUCUUGACGACCGUGGCUAUGGUCGGGUGGGCCAUGGCUUUGACGCCAAAGGCCUGUUUGGGGGUUCUGUUUUCUGCUAG